CUGACCUAGUCAAGCUGUCUCCUACAUCCCUCCCAACAACCUCCGAGCAUCCCCUCCUGGGACCCUAAGAGAAAUCUGGUCUACGGGGCCUAUCUGAAUCCAGCUCAAAGAGAAGAAUGGUGGCUGCGGGAAGCAUCUAUGUGGACCCUUUCCUCCAUCACCACUAUGGGGAAGAGAAGCAGAGCUAGGGGUCCACUUUCAAAAUUGAAUGGGGUGUGCGCACUGCACUGCACUGCACUGUUUCCUCCCAUUUCAAGCUCUUUAAAGGUUUUUUUAAAUGGCUGACAGGAAAAAACCAUCUGGAGCUCAGUUCCGCAAACGAAAGGCAGAAAGAGCCAAGGAAGACGCCAAGCAAGAGGCGUUCUUCCGGAAAUACCUUUGUAAAACAAGUAGAGAACAAGAAGAUGACAGUACCAUUUGUGAAACUACCACUGAGGAAACUGCUAGUACAAGUGGUAUUGGUCUUACUACAAGUGGUAUUACAUCUGAGGACAAAGUCUCACAGUCUGGAGAUAUUCCAGUGGAACACACAGAGGAAACCGAGGAUUUUGAGGAAACUGAGAGUACUGCAAUUACUACAAAACACGUUGGUAUUGUGCCUAGCUUGGAUUACAGUGACCCUGCUAACUGGCCUAACUGUUGCAGUGAAAAUUUGCAACAGCUUAUUGUUCAGCAUGGCCCACGGCAGAUUGUAUCAUAUAAAUUUCCAAAAGACUCCCAAAAAAGAAAAUUAUCUCCUGUCUAUUACAAGAGGAAACUGGUAAAUGGUGAAGAAAUGCCCCGUCAUUGGCUGAUAUAUUCCACCUCAAAAGAUGUGUUUUUUUGUUUUUGCUGUAGGCUGUUCAGCAAAAGAGAUGGUAGAGCAACAGCUUUAGAAGACCCAGGUUCAAAAGACUGGAAGAACAUUGGAGCAAUACUGUCGGCACAUGAGAGGAGUACUCUCCAUAUACACUGUUACCACGCAUGGAGAGAUCUUGAAUUGCGCUUACAGAAAGGAAAAACAACUGAUAAUAUCAACCAACAGAAAAUAAAGGAAGAAGAGCAAUAUUGGCGACAAGUCUUGGAACGCUUGAUUGCUACGGUCAGAUUUCUUGGCAUGCAAAACAUGGCAUUUCGUGGUACAACUGAAAAGUUGUACAGUGAGAACAAUGGAAAUUUCUUGAAGCUUGUUGAAUUUUUGGCUCUCUUUGACCCUGUCAUGACUGAACAUGUGCGAAGAGUUAAAGAUGAAGAAACUAAGGUUCACUACUUAGGAAAAGAGAUCCAAAAUGAGCUUAUAGAGCUUCUAGCAACUUCCAUAAAACAGAACAUUUUAGCACGUAUAAACUCCGCCAAAUACUACUCAGUUAUUUUGGACUGUACACCUGAUGUUAGUCAUACUGAACAAGUGACUAUGAUUGUACGUUUUGUCAAUGUUAUCAUACCAUCAAAUACUGAAACAUCUGAGCCUGAGGUUACAAUAAAAGAACAUUUCUUGGGAUUUGUUCCUCUAAAGAAGACAACUGGUGCCUUUAUGGCAGAAACUCUUCUUGGGCUGCUUGAGCAAAUGGGAUUACCACUUGAGAAUCUGCGUGGUCAAGGUUAUGAUAAUGGGAGUAACAUGAGAGGUAAAGAACAUGGAGUACAAAAGAGAGUUCUUGAUAUAAAUCCACGUGCCUUUUUUGUGCCCUGCAGUGCGCACUCUCUCAAUUUGGUUGUCAGUGAUGCUGCUAAGAGUUGCCGGGAAGCAACAGACUUCUUCAUGUUGGUUCAACAGAUCUAUAAUUAUUUCUCUGCAUCAACUCAGGAUUGGCAAAUACUAACUAGCCAUGUACCUACCAUUACUGCUACGCCUUUGAGUCAAACAAGAUGGGAGAGUCAGAUUGAUGCUUUGAAACCACUGAGAUAUCAUCUUGGUAGUAUAUAUGAUGCUUUGAUGGAGAUCUAUAAUGAACCACACCCAGAUAAAACAAGUGAAUCUCUUGUUACAGCUAAGGAUCUUGCUGAAGGCAUUAGUAAGUUCAAGUUUGUGGUAUCCCUUGUUGUAUGGUACGACAUGCUUUUUGAAAUAAAUCUGACAAGCAAACAACUACAAAAUAAGGAAACUGGUUUAAGUUCAGCUACAAGUCAGUUACAAGUAACCAAGAAUUAUCUUGUGGGCUCUAGGUGUGAUGAUGGUUUUGAACGUGUUUUGAUAGAUGCUACUGUGAUUGCAAAGGAGUUAGAAAUAUCACCAAACUUUGAGACAGAACAAUUUAGACAAAGGAGAAAGAAAAAACAGUUUGGGUAUGAGGCGCCAGAUGAGACACCACAAGAUCCAAAGCAAAAAUUCAAAGUGGAUUUCUAUUAUGCUAUUUUAGAUAUGGCCAUUCAAUGUGUUGAAGAGAGAUUCCAACAACUACAACACUAUAAUUCCAUAUUUGGCUUCCUGUAUGAUAUAUACAGCAUCAACAAAAAAUGUACUGAAGAUGUGCAAAAGGCCUGCAAGACAUUGGAGCAGUCAUUGACACACAAUGAAAACAAAGAUAUUGAUGCUGAAGAUCUGUGCUGUGAACUUCAAGCAGUUGCUCGAAGGCUUCCAGAGUCUAUGCCACCACAAAAAGUACUUCUCUUCAUACUACAACACAAACUCCAGAAUAUUGUGCCUAAUGUUUUUGUUUCUCUUAGGAUCCUUCUCACACUUCCAGUGUCAGUGGCAAGUGGUGAAUGCAGUUUUUCAAAACUCAAACUUAUAAAAACAUACAUACGCUCAACUAUGCUCCAAAACAGACUAGAUGGUUUGGCAACUAUAUCAAUCGAACAUGCUGAAGCAUCAGCGCUUGACCUGAAGGAACUGUUAACAAAAUUUGCAAAGGAAAAGGCACGUAAAAUAAGAUUUUGAUUUGCUUGAAAUUGAAAC